AUGUCCCUCUGCGCCCACUGCAACGCACCCUCCAGCACGCGAUGCUCCCUGUGCCAAUCGGUCUACUACUGCUCGCCUGAGCACAUCCGUGCUGACUGGCCUUCACACAAGCUCGACUGCUACGUGAAGCCUCCUAAAGACGCCUUGUCACUCUCCGACUGUGUGCGGAAAAAGGUGACAGGCAUCCUCUUCGCAGAGGACGCAGACGAGCCUCGCCUGAUCCAACUGAAUGUCCUCAUUGGCUACACCCGGACCGGGCAAACCUGGCAGACGCUAAACCUGCGGCCCUACCUGCCCGACGACGAAAAGCGAGGGCGAGCCAGAGUACGUUUAGAUGGGCCCAUGGUACCGGGGGAAGGAGGCAUCAAACUUGGCCUCAUGUCGGAUGUAUUUUACCGGAGGAACUUCACCAGCGACGGCUCACAGCGCAAUCGCUGUAUCGAACGAUCAACGAAAGGCAAGAUGGCACAUCCGUGGUCCGGGCCGUUUAUUAUGCUUAGGCGGACGCACUUGGACACAUCCUACGACGUUGUCAUGGAGCAAGACUUGCCUAUGCUAAUGAAGUUCUUCACGACGGGACAAAUGAGUGGUUUCUCGUGA